AUGAGAUUAUACCAAUUAAUAUUAAGUUUGAUAUCAUAUCUAGUGAUAGUACUGGCUCUUGCUGAUCAAGAUGACGAUCCAGAAACUUCUUCAGGUCCAGCUCCUCCAACUACUGUAUGGAUUACUAUAACUACCGAUGGUCAUCCCGUUACUAUUCAAUCAUUAUAUUCUCAAGUCUUCAUGGCAACAUAUACUUCAGCCAUCACUACUGGUGUCCAAUCAGGUGAUGCUGGUUUAGGAUCUAUAGUAGGUAGUGUGGGUGAAAUAAGAACUUAUGAUCAAACUACUAUUAGUAAUGCUGGGGGUCAUGUUUAUCAAACUGCUAUUUAUUCCGGUUUACUUGGUCUGGUAGUUCUUUUGUUAGCUGGUUUAUUUUGA